GUGAAUUAUAAAAGCCGCCACUCAUCCACGCUAAACUCAAAAAAAACACACACAUUUCCCAAACAAAAAAAUGGCAUCAAACAAAUCAGAUUCAAGCGGCGAUCGUCGCAAAGUUGCACUAAUCACAGGCAUUACCGGCCAAGACGGUAGCUACCUAACCGAAUUUCUCUUAAACAAAGGUUACGAAGUACACGGAUUAAUCCGUAGAUCUUCAAAUUUCAACACACAACGUGUUAAUCACAUAUACAUAGAUCCACACAAUGUUAAUAAAGCAAUGAUGAAGCUUCACUACGCUGAUUUAACCGAUGCAUCAUCAUUACGUCGUUGGUUAGAUACAAUUCAACCUGAUGAGGUGUACAAUCUAGCUGCACAAAGCCACGUGGCAGUUUCAUUUGAGAUCCCUGAUUAUACUGCUGAUGUUGUUGCUACAGGUGCUUUAAGGUUACUUGAAGGUGUAAGGUCACAUAUAUCAGCUACUGGUAGGUCACAUAUAAGGUAUUAUCAAGCUGGAUCAUCUGAAAUGUUUGGAUCUACACCGCCACCACAAAGUGAAGUGACGCCGUUUCAUCCUAGAUCUCCUUAUGCUGUCUCCAAAUGUGCUGCACAUUGGUAUACCGUUAAUUAUCGUGAAGCUUAUGGCAUCUUUGCUUGUAAUGGCAUUCUGUUUAAUCAUGAGAGUCCUAGAAGGGGUGAGAAUUUUGUCACCCGCAAGAUUACUCGGGCUGUGGGUCGGAUCAAGAUCGGGUUGCAAAGCAAGCUCUUCUUGGGGAAUCUGCAGGCAUCCAGGGACUGGGGUUUUGCUGGGGACUACGUUGAAGCAAUGUGGAUGAUGCUGCAGCAAGACAAGCCGGAUGAUUAUGUGGUAGCGACAGAGGAGUCUCACACGGUGGAGGAGUUUUUGGAAGUGGCAUUUGGUUAUGUAGGAUUGAAGUGGAAUGAUCAUGUGGUGAUUGAUAAGAGGUACUUUAGGCCUACAGAAGUGGAUAAUCUAAAGGGAGAUUCAAGCAAGGCGAGGAAGGUUUUGGGAUGGAAGCCCAAAGUUGGGUUUAAAGAAUUAGUGAAGAUGAUGGUAGACGAGGAUGUCGAGUUGGCUAAAAGGGAGAAGGUUCUUGUUGAUGCUGGUUACAUGGAUGCUCAACAACAGCCUUGAACACAUUAAUAAGCUUUCUGUGAUUUCACACUUCCAUUUUGCUAUUUACUUUGCUCUAGUUGGAAUUGUAUUGAAGAGCAGCAUCAUCUUAUUUUGUAUUGUUAUUGUUGUUUGUUCAAAUACAAACAAAUAUAUGAGGCGUCUUAUUGAAUCAGAGUCAAUCGUUGAGCUUUGAGAAAUUAUAGUCAAAUUAAUGUCUAUUUGUUAUUUGAA